GUCGAUCGUCUUUUGUUAUUGUGCUGCCGUGAAAUUUGUCGACGUUGGUCUUUUACGUACUAUAAUUCCUCAUGCUGAUUGUGCUUCUCUCGGCUUCUAUACUGAGUAUAUAAAAUGUCAUUUGUGCUUAUGGCGAGGUGUUUGUAAUUGAGUGAUUUUGUCGCAAUGGCUGGCUCUUCUCUUAUUGACAUGGAAAUAGACACUUCAGCUGAUUCGCAGCUGCAAUUCCAAGAAUUUCCAGCAUCAAACGUCCCAGGACCUGUGGCGGAAUUAGAUGUCAGAUCGUCGCAUACUUUGACAUUUAAUCAUUCCCCUGACACCCCAGGUUCCGACACCGAAGGCCCAGAAUCAGAGCUUUUACGCGAUGGCUCUCAGAAACCUUCACCAUCCUUUUGGACGUUUGAAUUUUACCAAAAAUUGUUUGAUGUUGAUACUCAAACAGUAGUGGAUCGCAUUCUAUGGUCCAUGAUACCAAGACCUGGUCAUAGUUAUUUGCAACAUCACAUCAGGCCAAAACCCGACCUCUACGGCCCCUUCUGGAUAUGUACCACAUUAAUAUUUGCAAUUGCCAUCAGCGGUAAUUUAGCCAACUACUUGCAAACAGCUGGCAAAGAUUUCCAUUGGAAAUAUAACUUCCGUGUUGUCACUUAUGCUGCAUCUGCUGUCUACAGUUAUGCAUGGAUUACACCAAUGGUUCUUUGGGCAUAUUUACGGUGGUGUGGGGGUCAAGAGGCUCGUCUGGGUUUUCUGGAGAUGAUGUGUGUUUAUGGGUACUCUCUAUCCAUUUACAUUCCAGUGUCAAUACUAUGGUUGAUUGAGGUGGACUGGUUGCAGUGGUUGAUUCUGGGUGUGGGAGCAGCAUUGUCUGGUUCUGUGCUGCUUAUGACUGCUUGGCCUGCGGUUCAGAAGACUCACCGCCUGCCUGUGUUGGCAGCUGUACUUGGCCUGCACCUUCUACUUGCUGCUGGCUUCAUGUUGUGUUUCUUCCAUGCACCUCACACAUCUUUAACUACAACCACUACCCCCCAACCAGCUGCUGUGGUAUCAGUCUCUGUUAGUAGCACAAGUGCUGCUGCCCAACCCCAGCCUCAGCACUGAGCAACAGUGCUUUUUGCUUGUUGUACGAAGCCCUUCUGAAGAAAUACAUGAUGAGUACUAGAUGUGGAAAGGACAGGUGAAUUUUUUUAUAAUAGCACUAGAUAUAGUUUGCCUUUUUUGUGAAAAGUGGCCUAGUGCCUUCUGCAGCCAGUGAAGAGGCACACUAAUUUGUUUCUCUAAUGGUUAAUGCUGCUAGUUCAUUAUCAUCUUUCAUAUUCUCUUGUUUUUUACACCACAUGAUGGUUAUUCUAAGUUCAGUAGAUCAGAGAGUGACCAGUCCUUCUAUUGCUAAUGGCUAAUCUAUAGAACAACAUGUAAUACUUUCUUAUUUUAUUUGUGUAAAUUUUACACUUUUGUAUUCUAUUUGUGGGUGCACUCAAGUUGAAUAAAAUUAUGAUAUUUGCUGAAUGUGGUGUUCGAAUUAAUCAUGUACAGUUAGAGGAAGAAGCUAAUCCAGUUUUCAUUUAAAAAGGCAGAUAAUGAAUUGUGCCAUUACAACCUGGCUGGGGGCAAGAAUGUUAAAAAUGCUGUCCUAUUUUGGACUAAGUCCAAUGGGGGUGUAAACACUUGAUGGAAUUGCAAUCGUUAAUACUUUGUGUUUGGGGUAGUGGAUCAAUUAGUUUGCCAUUCCUGUCUUCAUGUCACAAUGUUUUGUGCUAUUUACAGUUAUAAAAUUAAGAUUACAGAACACAAUAAGUUCCAAGUUUUGAAGAUACUAUGAAUGUGAUCUGCUAUGUUGUGAUGUUAUCAAACUAUGUUUAUCAAACUAUAUAUAUUAUCUUCUUGCAGUGGACUAAAAUGCAAUUGCUUAGCCUUAUUUGCAUUUACUGAAUGCAAGAAUUGAAUUUACUUUGUUCCUUAACUGUGAUUUUACUGUGUAUUGUCAGAAAAUUUAUGUGUAAAUAUAUAUAAAUG